GAUUGUCCAACAUGAUGUCAGAUGGCGAAUUUCUACGCACCAGCUGUGGUUCCCCAAAUUAUGCAGCCCCUGAGGUCAUCUCUGGCAGGCUGUAUGCUGGCCCGGAGGUGGACAUCUGGAGCUGCGGCGUUAUCCUCUACGCCCUCCUCUGUGGCACGCUGCCUUUUGAUGAUGAGCACGUCCCUACCCUCUUCAAGAAGAUCCGAGGAGGUGUGUUUUACAUCCCCGAAUACCUCAACCGCUCUGUUGCCACUCUCCUCAUGCACAUGCUGCAGGUUGACCCCCUCAAGCGAGCAACCAUCAAGGACAUCAGGGAACACGAGUGGUUUAAGGAGGAGCUUCCCAGUUAUCUGUUCCCGGAGGACCCUUCUUAUGACGCCACCGUCAUUGACGACGACGCGGUUCGGGAAGUUUGUGAAAAGUUUGAGUGCACUGAGUCAGAGGUGAUGAACAGCCUGUACAGCGGAGACCCUCAGGACCAGCUGGCGGUUGCGUACCACCUCGUCAUCGACAACCGGAGGAUCAUGAACCAAGCUAGCGAGUUCUACCUCGCCUCCAGCCCUCCUACCGUCUCCUUCAUGGACGACAGCGCCAUGCACAUCCCUCCUGGGGUGAAGCCUCACCCCGAGAGGAUGCCGCCGUUGAUAGCGGACAGCCCCAAAGCGCGAUGUCCUUUGGAUGCCCUCAACACUACGAAACCCAAACCCCUGACUGUCAAAAAGGCCAAGUGGCACCUGGGAAUCCGCAGCCAGAGCAAACCCUAUGACAUUAUGGCCGAGGUGUACCGUGCCAUGAAGCAGCUGGACUUCGAGUGGAAGGUGGUGAACUCCUACCAUCUCAGAGUGCGCCGCAAGAACCCAGUGACAGGCAAUUAUGUGAAGAUGAGCCUGCAGCUCUACCAGGUUGACAACCGCAGCUAUCUCUUGGAUUUCAAAAGCAUUGAUGACGAAGUGAUGGAGCAGAGGUCUGGCUCAUCCACGCCACAGCGCUCCUGCUCUGCCGCCGGCUUGCACCGACCCAGGCUGAGCAUUGACAGCGCUGCGGCCGCCGAGUGCCAGUCACUGAUGGGCUCCCUCAGCGGCUCCUUCGUUGGCAGCAUCCCCUCGGUGACACCACGCCUGGGCAGCCACACCAUGGACUUCUUCGAGAUGUGUGCCAGCCUGAUCAUGGCCCUGGCUCGCUGA